AUGAAGCACCAUUUGAUGGUCGGUACCUGGACUGCGCCCGGUCGCAUCUAUACCGUCCAGUUCGACGAUGAGGCUCUCACCCUCGACUUGUUGAAGAAGACCGACAUUCCUGAGGCGGAGCCAAUCUCAUGGAUGACCUUCUCCCACGAUAAGAAGGCCAUUUAUGGCGCUGCCAUGAAGAAGUGGAACAGCUUCGCCGUGAACAGCCCCACUGACAUUGUACACCAAGUGUCACACCCAGUCGCCGGUCACGAAUUGGCUCCUAGCAGCGAGACCAACACCCGUGCUAUCUUUGUGCUGGCCGCUCAAAAGCCCCCAUACAAUGUUUACGGCAACCCUUUCUAUAAAUACGCUGGCUACGGUAACGUGUUCUCCGUGAAGCCCGACGGAGCUUUAGACAGCAAUAUUCAGAACUAUGAAUAUGUCGAAAACACUGGUAUUCACGGCAUGGUGUUCGACCCUACCGAAACCUAUCUGUACUCCGCCGAUCUCACAGCCAACAAGAUUUGGACGCACCUCAAGGACCCCAAGACAGGCGAAUUGACCCUGGUCGACUGUCUCGAGGCCCCCGAUGCUGGCGACCACCCUCGUUGGGUUGAAAUGCACCCCAGCGGCAAGUACUUGUACGUACUGAUGGAGGCAGGCAACCGCCUGGGAGUCUACGUCAUUGAUGAGCGCACUCACAAGCCCGUAUUCACACACAUCACCUACCCACUGCUGCCCUCUGGUGAGUUCAAUGGCACUGUCCUAUAUAUGCGACCCCAGUCAAUGCUAACUGCUCAAUCUCUAGGCCUUCCACCCCGCAACAAGUACCGCGGCGAUGUCACCUUCUGCACCCAGAGCGGCGAGUAUCUGUUCGCGACCACCCGUUCGAACCACUUCGAUGUCACUGGCUACAUUACCGCCUUCAAGCUCGGCCCGAACGGAGAGAUCGAGCGCCAGCUCUUUAUCAACCCCACAUCUACCAGCGGUGGUCACUCCAACGCUGUGAGCCCCUGUGAUUUCACCGACGAGUGGGUCGCCCUGUGCGAUGACCAGCUUGGAUUCGUUGAGAUGUACCGCUGGCGCGACGAGAAGCUGGCACGCGUGGCGCGUGUGGACAUUCCAGAGCAAGGAUUCGGUAUGAACGCCAUUUGGUAUGAUUAA